AUGAAUUGGGGAGACCGCUACAUAUCCCACCAAUUUGUUAAGAUAUACUGGGACGAAGUUACGUGGGCAAUCAGGACUGCCUAUCCGGGUAUUGCGAUGGCGAGGAUGACGGCGGAAGACGUACAUCACGAAAUGACCGAGGGUGAUGAAAUUACGGAGCCUCCUGCGAGAGUCCGAUAUGUAGACGGUAAACUCGAAAUAAAGGACCAGAUGAAAGAGUAUGCGGACAGAGGGACGGAGCUAGACGAGAUGAACUUGUACGACUAUUUCACGCUGACAUAUCACACGAAGGACGGCAUCGACAACGAGGAAGACGAUGCGCCAGACGACGGUGACGAAGAUGUCCAUCCACAACCCAAGAGGCGUGGCCGCCGCCGAAACCGCAGGGUGGCGUAUUUGGAGAGAUCCGAACGCAAGGGCUGUCGCGUGUUUCGUGGAAACAACAUGGAAACAGUGCUACACUUUAUAGGCAAAUGGUUCCCUAGCAGAAAAGACGGGAACUCAGCAUAUUAUGCUGCGCAGGUUCUAGCACUUCUCAAGCCCUGGAGGACGUUGCGGGACCUACAGUCGAUAUGGCCUACGAUGGAGGCUGCAUUGCAAAGUUUUCUAAUCGGAGCUUGCGACGAAACACAUCGCAUCAUUGAAAAUAUCGAGUACUUCCAUCAAUGCAGCGACAGUGCACGAGCCAGACGCGAUCAGGAAAGCACACAGCCUGGAUCGGGAGGAUACUACCGCGCGGAAGGAGACGGGUCGGAGGGAAUGAGUGGUGCCAACCCUGAAGAAGAAAUCGCUUUCACGGAAGAGGACGUAGAACGGGCUAGAGCUGCUCGGUAUGCCGCACGAGAAGUGGUCUACGGUCAACGAGCGUUACUCAUAGCGCGGGAGCGUGGUAUUUUCCGAGAGCUGCCAACAGAUACGGGGGAGCGGAUGGGUGUUGCACAGGCCACGCGACGGGAAACGGAAAUGUUUGAACAAUGGGGCCGGGAAGUGGCGGCUAUGACGCGACAAAACAGAGGGCAAGUCGAAAGACCUCUGGAGCUCAAUCCCGACAUCGGCGACUUCCUCGAGAGGAGAUGCCAGCUACGGAAGCGUUGGCGGCGGUCGUGUCCUCACUAA